UGGCAAAGGGAGCGGAUGCGUUCGCGUCUCUCCGAUCGUGCCUGAUUUCCCGGGCUCCUUUUUACAGGCUCGAGCUGCGGCCACUAGAGGAGGCCGCAUGACAUGAACAGCCGGCGGAGGCAAAGGAGCCCCCCUCUCUUUUAUUUCCCUCGACCGGUUAGCGGGGAAGGAGGCGGCGCUUCUCGCGGAGACAAUGCCAGCUGAUCGGCUGCCGCCUCUCCCACGUGGUCGGGCGCUGGAGAGAGACCUUGAGCCUCGCUUCCUGUAUGCCCGACCGAAGUGGAGAUCGCCUCUCCGCUCCCUCUUCCUCUUGCGGGACCGAGUUCGGCAUGGCAUAGAGCUUGUGUUGAGAGACUGAACAAGAAUCCUCAGUGGUCAUCCAAGGCAAAUAACCCAUGAAAACAUGGUGGCAGACAGGAGAUUGGUGUGUGUGUGUGUCAGGAGUCAGAAUACUGAAAGGAAAUGAAUAGGCUGCAACACCUGCAGGUCUGUUUGAAACUUCUUGUUGCAAGCAAGGAUUUAGUACGAAAACGUCUGUGCCUCUCUUCUCUGCCUGUCCUAGUUGCCUGAGCUCCUGACACAGCUUUUGUGAGUCGAGAAGUGCUGAAAUACCUACAUGUACCCAAUGCAAGCAAAAGUCUUCUGGUAUAGACACAAACUAAUCUGGGAUGGCCUAGGUUUGCAUGGGCCAGAGCCUGCUUUGACUGAUGUGUGCACCCUGUGACCUUUAGUGUUAACAAACGCAGGAACUGCAGCCUAGUAAUUGCAUCUGUGUAUCAGGUUUUUCCCCCUGAUAAAAAGCUAUUUGAGCCCAAUAUAGACUCUCUACUGUGCACUGAACCUUCUGUGUUUUUCCACUCCAGUUGUUGCUUUGAAGUCCCUACAUUUAAUUUUAGGAGGUUUAAUACAGAAGACUACUGAUAGGAGUGAAAUACAUUUUUGAUAACUGUUUUGGAACCAGAUGCUUUUUUUGAUUGGGAAGAACGCUGGAUAGUUCCUGUAAGAUAAAUAUUGCUUAUUCUGGGGAGGAAAGUUUCAUGGAAGCGCAGUCACAACCAACAGUUGUUGGGAUAAGGAAGCUGUAUUCUUGCUCUGACUGUGGAAGAAAUUUCAAGCGGAAUUCUCACCUUGUUCGACAUAAGAGGCUACACACAGGAGAGAAGCCCUAUAAAUGUCCUGACUGUGGGAAAAGCUUCAGACAGAGCACUGAUGUGAAUACACAUCGGAGAAUCCACACAGGGGAAACACCCUAUCAGUGCAACCAGUGUGGAAAAAGUUUUCGAUACCGACCAAGCCUCUUGAAACAUUUGAGAUGCCAUGAUGAAGAGAAACUCUACAAUUGCCUAGAGUGUGGGAAAAGCUUCAGUUUUAGUUUGGUGUCCAGUACCUGCCAAAGUAGUUGUGUGCAGCGGAAACCGUAUAUAUGCCCUGACUGUGAUGAAAAUGUCCAAGAGAUUUCAAAUCUUGUUGUACAUGUUCCCAUGACAAGCGACUCAUAUGCAUGCCCUGACUGUGGCAAAAGUUUUAGCUGCAACUUCCAACUUAUUAAACAUCGGAGUCUCCAUACCAGAUUUUUGAUUCCUAAUCCUAAUAGUCUUUGCAGUCUGGACCAAAGCCCAGAAUCUUUACCUUCAGAUCACCAGGAUGCAGAGGAAACGGACAGCCCAGGAAGCAUCUGUGAAGCACGUGAUGACCUUGUGGCAGAGGGUGGCAAAGAAGGGCAUCUCCAGCAGAGGGCAGUUUUGCCUGCCAGAUCUUAUAGGACAUUAUUGGGAAGGCUUCAUGGACUUGGAGGCCAAAGGUCCAAAGCCCAUAAAGACAGGCCCAAGUGUAGGAGCUGGCAAUGGAAGCAUCCUGAGAUAGAUGAAGAUGAAUCCACUGUUAAAGACGGAGCCGACGUCCCUGAGUAUGAAAGACUCCUCAGUUCAAAAAGAAACCACCUCUGCUUUGUGUGUGGGAAACAGUUCCGUUAUGAGUCCCAGCUGGUUGCGCAUGAACGGAUUCACACAGGAGAGAAACCGUUUGAAUGCAGCAUCUGUAAGAAAAGCUUCCGGGACAAAUCAGACCUCUGUAAACACCAGAAAAUCCACUCUGAAGACAGGCCCUACAAAUGUCUCGAUUGCGGCAGAACCUUUCACCACCAGUUGACCUUUGUGAGACAUCAGAGGCUUCAUCCGAGAAAGCAAGCCUGUGAAGACGGCCAUGUAUAUGUUGCAGUCCUGCCCUCGUACCGUGUGGGUGUGGAAGCGAGUGUUGUGGGUGGAAUUCAGCCUCCCGAGGCUCUUAGCUUUCAUUUUAAGGAAGAAGACCCCAGUUCUCUCUGGACUUUGGAGCUGGCAGAAGGAACCAACGUAUAUCUUGCUCCCACUUAACAGGCAGGUGGCCAAGUGGUGGGUGCAAAGCAGGACAAAGACCUUCAUAAGGAACAUACUGAGUUUGCAGAAUCAGCUUGAAUUCUGUUGGGAAGUCUGCAAGAAAUCGUGUCUCAAGAUCUGAGUCCUGGAGAAGGAGAUGCAAGAGAGAUUGCGGAGGCCACAGAAAUUUCUAGUGAAAGAUCUUCCUGAGAAGAGGAGUAAAUCUUUGGCACUUUCCAGAGAAUUCAUUGAAAUUAUGUGCCAGCUUUGAAGCCGUGCAGUCAAGGAAUGACAAACAUGUUCCACAUUUUUGGAAAGGUCUUAAAGCAAUGCUCACACUUUGUUAUUGAAGACACCAGUUUCUGAAGAACCCUAGCCAAAGCAUAGAAUGUGGGGAAGUCAUUACUGGGUUAAACUAAUAACUUGCAAACUGCCAGAGUGAUAAGCUUCUCUGUAGAAAUGCCACAAAAUAACCUCUGUUCUGUUUUUGAUAUUUUACUUACUUUUUUCCUGUUGUUUCCAUUAUACAAGCCUUAUUCUACAUCAGAUAAUCUACAUGACAGUGAACCCACAGAUGGGAAAGCGAUUAUGAAUGCCUUGAAUAAAGGACAAUGUUCUCUCUGUUAAUUUCAAACAGCCCAGCUGGGAGAGCAAUUAUGGAGAUGGUGUACAAAAAUAUACCCUAGAAAGAGCUUCUGUCUUAAUGUUAGAGCCCUUGGGUACAUGCAGUGGCUACCUCUGGAUGACCUUGAGACAACUAAGGGUUAACCUGGAGAAAUCGCCCUUAUUGUCUAUGGAAAGGCAACCAGGAGAAAUUGCUUUUGACUGGAGAAUGUGGUGGGAUGGAGUGAGAUGAUGGAAGAGAGAUCAAGAAUUAUGCAUUAAAAAUGGCUGAGUUCUAUAAUUGGAAUAAGAAUCCAAUUCACCAUGCUUGCAAUACACUUACAGUGCAAUUCUAAGCAGAGGUACAUCCUUCUAAGUCUGUUGAAGUUAAUGGGCUAAGAAGGUGAGGCUCUGCUUAGAAUUGUACUGUUCACAUGCCAAGCAACUUCAAGAUGGGCACUUGUCCUUUUGAGAAGAAACAGCAAGAUGCCAUGUACAUAAGAACAGAAUGUUAGAAAUCUGACAAGAAUCAAUUUAGCCCAGCAUUCUUUUACCACUGUGGCUACUUCAAUGGUUCGGGAAAGGUCCCAAAGAGGGCACAAUAGCAACAGCCUCCCCUCUCCCAUUGCUUGGCCCCCGGCAAUUUGUGGGAUAUGUAUGGAGGUUCUAUUUGGCUAUUAUGCAGGGCUCAUUUCGAGGGGGAACGCACAGGAACACAUUUCCGGCAGUUCCCCAAAGAGAUCACAUGUCAGGUGGCCCCGCUCACCUGACUCUUGGCCAUUUUGGGCCCAUUUCUGCCUGGAUUGGGGCCAAAAUGGCCUGGCUCAGGCCUCUGACAGGUGGUGGAUCACUCUCCUGCUCAGCAGCGGCCCAAUCCUGACCAUUUUGGGCCCAUUUACAGCUAUUUUCAUCCCCUUUGCCAUUUUGGGCCCAAUUUUGGCCCUGAAUGGCCAAGAUUGGGUCCAAAACAGCCAGAAAAGGUGAUGUCAGGGGGUGUGGCAUAUGCAAAUCAGUUAUACUAAUGACACACUUCCAGUGAUGGCAAGAGGUGUGACAUAUGCUAAUGAGUUAUGCUAAUGAGUUCCUCCCGCUCUCUUUCCACGAAAUGACCCCUGCUAUUAUGGCCAGUAUCAAUUGAAAGAGAUCCACCAUGAAUUUGGCUAAUCCCUGUUAGAGUGAUCUAGGCAAUCGUCACUUAAAGCAUGAAGAGUAGGAACUCAUCUGGUCUACUAUAGAUCUAAAAGAAAUUGUUAAUCCCAAACACAUUUUUUGAGUUUGAGUUAGCAGCAGCCAAUUUUAGCAAGCAAUCUCCUUAACUACAUUUUUAAAGAUGACAGAGUUAAGAUGCUGUCAGAUGGUUGGGCAGGGUGCAAACUACGGAAUUUGGCAAAUUAAAGGGAAAGUCCUCUGAGAUGCCAGAGAAAGGAGCAUGAAAUGAUACGGCUAAUGGUAGGGUUUUUUCCCCCUUUUGUGUUUUUUGAAACUUUGUAAUGAGUGAAUCUUUUGUAUUAUUAAAUAAUUUUUCUUUUUGUGUUUUUCCUGUUAACAAUAAAUUUUUUAAAAAAGUGACUCUAAAAAGCAGAUCUUCUAUUCAACCAGGCUUUCCCAUGAUAUUUAGUAGCUUUCAUUAACUGCGGUUAGGUGUCUUUGGCUGUGAUGUGCAUGAUUUUAGUAUUGAUGAUUUUGGGGAGUUACUUUUUAUUGAUAACAUUUUAA